GGUCUCUUGGAGACAGUAACUUCAGUUCUUCUUCAUCCCAGCAUGGCUGCUCGACUUGCUGCCGCAUGGUGCUUGCGGUGUGUAGCUGUGGCAUUGCCUUUUCAGUUGACUCCAUUUUUAGAUAGAUGUGCAGAAAGACUCAACAAUCUGAAGACCUCCCCUGAAGCUGUUAGUGGCUACAGUUUUGCAAUGGCUGCUCUGUUAGGUGGUGUGCAUCAGUGUCCCUUAGGUAUUCCUCACGCCAAAGGAAAGAUGGUGGUCAGUAUUGCUGAGGAUCUGUUACGAACUGCCGCACAAAACAGCAGACUCUCCUUGCAGCGGACUCAAGCUGGAUGGCUUUUACUCGGAGCGCUUAUGACUUUAGGUCCUUCUGUUGUUCGGUAUCAUCUGCCUAAGAUGUUGCUGCUAUGGCGAAACGUGUUUCCACGUUCGUUGAAGGAGUUGGAAGCAGAGAAGGCGAGAGGAGAUUCUUUUACCUGGCAAGUAACGCUAGAAGGCCGCGCUGGAGCUCUGUGCGCUAUGAGAAGUUUUGUUGCUCACUGUCCUGAGCUCCUUACUGAGGAUGUGAUCAGGAAAUUGAUGACACCCAUAGAAUGUGCCAUGACAAUGAUGUCGCACAUUCCAUCAGUAAUUAAAGCCCAUGGAGCUCAUCUCAAAGCUAGUGCAGCUAUGGUCCGUUUAAGACUUUAUGAUAUAUUGGCUUUAUUACCUCCAAAGACAUAUGAAGGAUCAUUUAAUGCGCUUCUUCGAGAGUUGGUAGCAGAAUUUACUUUGACAGACAACUCUGCUAAUACAACCACAUCACUCCUAAGGUCUCUUUGUCAUUAUGAUGAUAGUGUUCUUCUUGGCUCUUGGCUGCAGGAAACGGAUCAUAAGUCAAUUGAAGACCAGCUUCAGCCAAACAGUGCAUCUGGAAGCGGUGCUUUGGAACAUGAUCCAUCUUCUAUUUAUUUGCGCAUCCCUGCUGGUGAAGCUGUACCCGGUCCCCUUCCUUUAGGAGUAUCUGUCAUCGAUGCAUCUGUGGCUCUCUUUGGUGUGGUUUUUCCUCAUGUCUCUUACAAACAUAGAUUACAGAUGUUGGAUCACUUUGCUGAAUGUGUCAAACAGGCUAAAGGUGUUCGCCAGCAAGCUGUGCAGCUUAAUAUCUUUACUGCUGUUCUUAGUGCCUUAAAGGGUUUAGCUGAGAAUAAAAGCACGUUAGGACCAGAAGAAGUCCGCAAAUCUGCUCUGACGCUGGUGAUGGGUGCCCUUGAUAAUCCUAACCCUAUUUUGAGAUGUGCAGCAGGUGAAGCUCUUGGCAGAAUGGCUCAAGUGGUUGGAGAAGCAUCUUUCAUUGCUAGAAUGGCUCAAUACAGUUUUGAUAAGUUAAAAUCUGCUCGAGAUGUUGUAUCAAGAACGGGCCAUUCUUUGGCUCUGGGCUGUCUCCAUCGGUAUGUUGGUGGAAUAGGUUCUGGACAGCAUCUGAAAACUAGUGUCAGUAUUCUUUUGGCUUUGGCACAAGAUGGAACCUCUCCUGAAGUCCAGACCUGGUCUCUUCAUUCACUCGCCUUGAUAGUAGAUUCUAGUGGACCAAUGUACCGUGGAUAUGUGGAGCCAACGCUUUCUCUAGUUCUUACUCUGCUCUUAACUGUUCCACCAUCGCAUACGGAAGUACAUCAAUGCUUAGGCCGAUGUCUUGGAGCUAUAAUAACUACUGUUGGGCCUGAGCUGCAAGGUAACGGAGCUACAAUUUCAACAAUCCGUUCUUCCUGUUUGGUGGGAUGUGCAAUCACACAAGACCAUUCAGACUCGCUCGUUCAGGCAGCUGCCAUAUCCUGCCUUCAGCAGCUUCAUAUGUUUGCACCACGGCAUGUCAACCUGUCCAGUCUGGUUCCCAGUCUUUGUGUUCAUCUGUGCAGCUCCCACUUGCUGCUUCGCCGGGCUGCAGUUGCAUGUUUACGACAGCUUGCUCAGAGGGAAGCAGCAGAAGUAUGUGAAUAUGCCAUGAGCUUAGCAAAAAAUGCUGGAGACAAAGAAAACAGUGGCAUCAAUAUGAAUCCUUUUGCACCAGGAGCUGGUUCUCGGCGAGAUGCUCAUUCCCGGCAUCAGGGGGUUAAUAUAACAGAGACAGGCCUCGAAGGUGUCCUUUUUGGAAUGUUGGAUCGGGAGACUGAUCGGAAGUUGUGCUCAGAUAUCCAUGAUACUCUGGGACAUAUGCUUUCAUCACUGGCAGUAGAAAACCUUUCUCACUGGCUAAUGCUUUGUAAGGAUGUCCUUGCAGCUUCCAGUGACAUGAGCACUGCUGCUCCCUUGGGAGGAGGGAAGGAUGAGGAAUCAGAGAAGAAGGAUGAGAUGGACGAUGAUACAAUGUUUACCACCUUGGGUGAAGAGGAUAAAUCCAAGCCUUCUGUAGCACCUCGUUGGGCAACUCGUGUGUUUGCAGCAGACUGUCUAUGCCGAGUUAUCAUGCUGUGUGAGAAUGCGAACAAGGCACACUUUGAUCUGGCACUGGCUCGUUCAGCCAGACUUAAAAACCCAAAAAAUGACUUCUUAGUACUCCAUCUCUCUGACCUUAUUCGAAUGGCAUUCAUGGCUGCGACUGAUCACAGCAACCAGUUACGAAUGGCGGGUCUUCAAGCUCUUGAAGACAUUAUCAAGAAAUUUGCAUCGGUUCCUGAGCCAGAGUUUCCAGGCCAUGUGAUACUGGAGCAGUAUCAGGCUAAUGUUGGAGCUGCCCUGAGGCCAGCUUUUUCCCAAGAUACACCGUCCGAUAUAACUGCAAAGGCCUGCCAGGUAUGUAGCACUUGGAUAGGAAGUGGGGUUGUAAGUGACCUGAAUGACCUCCGCCGAGUUCACAACCUUCUUGUCUCUUCCCUGGAUAAAGUGCAAGCGGGAAAGGGAUCUUCUAGCCAGCUUUACCGAGAGAGUGCGACUACUAUGGAAAAACUUGCAGUUCUGAAAGCCUGGGCUGAGGUGUACGUUGUUGCCAUGAAAAUUAAGAAAGAAGCAGAGACCAAACCAAAGCGUGUUUUAAAAAGCUCAGAGGAGGAUGAGGAUGAUUUUGGUACUAUAGAUGAGUUGCCACCAGACAGUUUGAUAACACUUGUACAACCUGAGCUGCCUGCACUUAGCCGUCUCUGGUUAGCUGCACUGAAAGAUUAUGCUCUUUUAACUUUACCAGCUGAAUUUGCUACACAGCUUCCACCAGAUGGGGGAGCAUUUUACACUCCAGAAACAAUUGAUACAGCUAGACUGCAUUACCGAAACUCCUGGGCUCCCAUACUACAUGCAGUGGCACUUUGGCUAAACAGUACAGGAUUUAACACUUCAGAGUCAACAGAAGAGACUGCUGCAGCAAUGCCCGAUUCACAGAAACAUGCUACGUCCAUUAUCUUAAACCAGACACCUGGAACUCCACCUACCACUAAAUCUUUGCCAGAGAUAAACAAAAAUCGAAUGCACUUAAUUUUGGGUGUUAGCAUACAGUUUCUGUGUUCCCCACGACCUGAAGAGCCUGUUGAGCAUGUUACAUCUUGUUUACAAGCACUUCAUACUUUAUUGGAUUCUCCUUGUGCCAGGAUCCAUAUUGCAGAGGAUCAGCUCCUUGGUGUUGAACUCUUGAGUGUGCUUCACCGACUCCUCCUGACCUGGGAUCCUCCUUCAGUCCAGCUACUGGUCACAGGAGUUGUCCAGCAGAUAGUAAGAGCAGCUCAAGAUUAUUUGCAGGAAAAAAGGAACAUCCUAAAUGAAGAUGAUACUGAGGAAAAAGAAAAUCCUCUUGCUUUAGGAGAGGGAGGUGAGAGUGGUGGUCUUGUGCCUGGAAAAUCUCUAGUCUUUGCAGCCAUGGAAUUGCUCAUGUUUAUCCUAGUACGGCACAUGCCCCAUCUGAGUUCAAAAGUGUCCGAUUCUCCAAGUCACAUUGCUGCCAAAUCCCACCUCUCUGAGGAAAGUGCUCGUCUUGUGGCUGCCACUGUUACUAUACUGUCUGACUUGCCUUCUCUGUGUUCUCCAGCAG